UCGGAUGUAGAAGAGCCCACCAGCCCCGUCGCCGCCGCCGAGGAGGUCGAAGUUGGCGCCGAUGAGUCCGCCCAGAGCGGCUCCAUGUCCGUCCUCGACGCCCUCAAGGGUGUCCUCAAGAUCUCUCUGAUCCACGACGGACUUGCCCGCGGUCUCCGUGAGGCCUCCAAGGCCCUCGACCGUCGCCAGGCCCACAUGUGCGUUCUUAACGAGGCUUGCGAGGAGGAGGCCUACAAGAAGCUCAUUGUUGCUCUUUGCGGCGAGCACAAGAUCCCUCUCAUCAAGGUCCCUGAUGGCAAGCAGCUCGGCGAGUGGGCUGGUCUCUGCCAGAUUGACCGUGAGGGUAACGCCCGCAAGGUCGUCAACUGCUCUUGCGUCGUCGUCAAGGACUGGGGUGAGGAGUCGCAGGAGCGCUCCAUCCUCCUCAACUACUUCCAGACCGAGCAGUAA